AUUGAAAAGUAUCUUAAGACAUCCACUCGAAAGAAGGAUUGGCGAAUGAUAUGCCUUACUAUCACACGGUCCAGCUGCGUGUAUCGAGCCUAUGAUACUUCCCCCACCGCCUGAGAUCUACAGGAUCUAAUAGAUCGCAGUUUUUGUUUUUAUCAGCGCUGAAGUCUUGCUAGCAGUGGAUGUUCCUCAUGAUGGAUUCCAUCAACGAAUCAUUCCCAGACGCAACCAAUAGACCAUUGCCUAGCAACGCCUCAAAUGGAUCGUUGCCUAGCAACACAGACUUCAGCACAAUCCGUCUAGGUAUGAUCCCGGCCUACUCUGUUAUCUUCGUGCUCGCGCUCACCGGAAACACUGUCAUCAUUUACAUCGUGAAAACCAAGCCUUACAUGAAGUCUACCACAAACUACCUGAUAGCGAACAUGUCCGUGGCGGAUCUAAUGAUGACCUUCUUCGCCAUGCCGUACUCCAUCGCCUACUUGUACGUACAGAGCCGAUGGUUUGGCGGGUUCAUUGGUCAUGUACUUUGCAAACUGGUGCAGUUUUUCGUUGGUUUAUCAAUAGCUGCAUCUGUUAUAACCCUUAUGGUGAUUUCUCUGGAUAGGUUUUUCGCGAUUGUGUACCCUUUCAGACGCGCAAGUGUUAUCAGAAGGAUUUCCGUAACGAACACAGCAAUCUGGCUUAGUUCAGCCAUCCUUCUCUCGCCGUAUUUGUACAUGUACCAGUUGCACAAGCUUAGUAAUGGCUCCUAUCAUUGUAUCGUCUCAUUCGGUCGUUUGGUGGAUACCAUUGCUAUCAUGCGUAUUUACAACACAGUGACAGUUGUUCUACUCUAUCUUCUUCCGCUGACUGUCAUAGCUAUAUUCUAUAUAGUCAUCUGCAGAAAACUUUGGCUAAGAAAGAUUCCCGGCAACCCGUCCCAGUUAAAUCGACGCACCGCUGACCGCUAUAAGCGGUGCACAGUCAAAAUGCUAAUUAUAGUAGUGAUAGUGUUCGCGGCGUGCUGGUUCCCAGCUCACUUAAUGCACUAUUAUGUGUACUACAGAUACGAGGAAUUUGCGCGAUUCCCACCAUACGUACCCCUCGUUGCUUUCUGGAUAACACACGCUCACUCGGCCAUCAACCCGUUUCUUUAUAUCCUCUUGAAUAGGAACUUUAUGCACGCAUUUAAGGAUAUCUUUAUCAAAGUGUUCCGGGGACGUCAAGAGAGGACCAGAGAACCCAGGUGUAGGACGUCAUGGACGAACUUGUCAAUCAUUGCAUCAUGUGACAAUAUUGGUGACGUACCGAGUGGAAGGCGUGGGUUGUAUGACGUUAGGGGAAGAGUUAGAGAAGCAAGUGUAACUAAAGCAGUUAACUUAACGAAUAUUGCCAGCUAUCCCAUUAGUGUAGAAUAAGUAUGUCAAUCAAUCAAUCAAUCAACCAUGACAAAGUGACACAAAAGAGCCGAUAACAUCUUAUACAAAUGGUCAAUAGAGGGAGUACACGAGGGUUAAUAGAGGAGGUAGACGAGGCGUUAAUAGAGGGGUAGACUAGGGUUAAUAGAGGGGUAGACGCGGGUUAAUA